AUGGCCAGAGAGGAAGUUGAGGGGUACUUUUUCUCCACGCAAGACUUCAAAGAACUGGGCACGUGUGUGGCACAAAUCGCCAGUGGCCACAACCUCAGCGAGCCGUUGAGCCAACAAGUUAUUGACGGCAUUACCAAGUACGCGCUGCAGGAAAUCGCCUCUCUCGUAAGUCCCCCUCUCAACCCGCCUCUCAAGACCGACCCGUCCUUCUGCGCCGCUCUUCUGGACCGCUAUUCUUUACCGGUCACAUGGACCGGCUAUAUGAACCCUCUCUCCGCCGCAGGUGAACGAGAUAGUGGAGCAGUCUCCGAACGGCUGGCCUUCAGCGGAGGCAGCGGUGCGGGUGCUGCAAAAAUAUCCGGACAUGCCUGA